GCAGCCCUGGGCCGCUACUCAGUGUUAUGUUACCGGAGAGCCGAGAUCGGUAAUACACAGGACCAUGUCGGAGAUCAUCUGCCAGUGGCUCAACGAGGAGCUGGGACUCUCCAAGCGUGUGGACCCGAAGUGUUUUGCGAAGGAAUUUGCCACGGGGUAUCUCAUCGGAGAAGUCCUACAUAAGUACCAGCUGCAAAAUGACUUUGAUCAGUUUUCACAAAACAGAGCCGCCAUCUCCAAACUAAACAACUUUACUCGCAUUGAGCCCACACUCCAACUUCUGGGUGUCCCUUUCGACCAGAACGUGGCUCAGAGUAUUAUGUCAGAACAUCACGGAGCAGCCACGCGACUCCUGUACCAAAUGUACAUUGCCCUGCAGAAGAAGAAGAAGACCGGGCUGACGGGAGUCGCCAUGGAGACGAUGAGGCCGGCGGCUCCUGCGAAACUGCAAAGCAUGGGCUCUGAAAUGUAUAGAGAGCGUCUAAAAUCCAUUGUGCCCCGCCAGUCUGAUAUAAGCUUGCAGCAAGUCACCGAGCAGUUUAAUUUAAAAAGCAAAGAGAUGAAUGAAAAAAUAGCUCAAAUACAAAGUGAGGAACUGCAGAAGAUUCAGAAGAUACAGGAAGAGCUGAGGCUGCAGGACAUAGAAAAGCUUCGCAGGGCAAGAAGGAGACAAAAUGAAAUAAUGGCACGAAUUCAGGCUGCCAUUGUACAGAUUCCAAAACCGCCUCAAAAUCGCUCGGUGAAAGCGAUAGAAGCACAGAAGAUGCUCAAGAAGAAGAAAGAGGCACAGGAUGUUUAUAGAGAGUUGGCGAAAUUCGAAAAGACGGUGAAAAGGGACGGCUUGUCCAACAGCGUGUCUCCGAGUUCUAGGAGCCCGACUUUACAAAGACUACAAUCAACUGGUAGCAUUGGGACUGCUUUGCUAAAACCGGAUACAAGUGAUGAUUAUGUCAAGAGAAUCCAGAAACGCCUGGAAGAAGACACCGUAGCACGCGAUCAACGAGAAAAAAGACGCCGCCGAAUCCUGAUGGAACAGCUCACCGCUCAUGGCGCGCAGGAGGAGGCGUUCCGGGAGGAGCAACUUAUCAAUCGCUUAAUGAGACAAUCUCAGCAAGAACGAAGAAUCGCAGUCCAACUCAUGCACGUUCGACACGAGAAGGACAUUUUGAAGCAGAACAGAAUUUUCCGGGAGAAGCAGUACGAAGAGCGGCGUGAGAGAGAGUUCCGAGAAGCACUCGACAGAGAAGCGGCCAUUGAAAAGCAGGCAAAGCUCGACCGUGAAGAUGAGAUACGUAAAGUGCAAGAGAUCCACGAGCUGAUCGCCGCAGAGCGUGCAGAGGCUCGGUAUAAGAAGCACUAUUUAAUCUGCCAAGAGAUAAUGAGCCAGAUUGUAGAUCUGGUCACUAAAACAGGGGAAUACAGAGAGCUGACAAACAGAAUGAUUCCUACCAAGUUAAUGCGUGAGUGGAAGGAACUGUUUUUCACCGGGUAUACACUCUAUGAAGGAGAACCAGUUGACCCAUUGCCUUCAGAACCGACACCAGAACAGCUUGCAGAACUGGAGAAAGAGCAUCUAUUGGAUGAGAAAGAUUAUGAAGAAUACAAGACAAUGUCAGGGGAAUGGAUAGCACCAGAAGAUGCUGGCGUGAAAGCACCUGCAACCAACAACAACGUACUGGGACAUGUGGUUACCCGGCUGUUGGAGAUUGUCCAUCCGCCAGAAGCCCCCUCACCACCACCUGUUUUCCCUCCAUUCCCCAUUAAAGGGUGCAUUCUCGGAAAGCUGUUCUCAGGGAAGACCACGUGUGUGAACCAUCUGGCGCAAGCUUACAGCCUACAGGUGCUAAACGUGGACAUCCUUGUCCAGGAGGCGAUGCAAGCGUAUCACGAGGCUGAAACAGAAAACGCCACGAGCUCGUCCGAAGCAGGGCAAUCGGAGACGGAAAAAGAGAAGCUCCUGGAAAGUUCUUCCUCUGGUCUCAGUGGCUUGGAAGUUGAUGACAGCAUUACUAAACAAUCUGAACCCAAUCAGCCUGAAGAUGAAGGAUCUCAGCAUCAAACCUCUAAGAUGGCUAAAGAUGAAGAUGCCAGACCAAAGCUUUCUGAACGUGCUCAGCUUGGUGGGAUGCUGGAGAAGCACUUAAAGAAAGGAAAAGGAGCCCCUGAUGAAUUGCUCAUUGAGGUUAUUAUUAAAGCCAUCAAGCGAAUCCCAGCAAAUACUGGAUGGAUCCUGGAUGGUUUUCCAACUACAGUGGGUCAGGCCAGAUUAUUAGAGAAGUCUCUUACAGGAACGGACCCCGAAAAAGCAAAGAACAGGAGAUCCAAGGCAUCGACCCUAGUACAAAAUCCAGCAGGGCCAAAGGAUUCAGCAGCGCCUUCCCCGGCUCUUGAUUUCGCUGUGCUGGUAGACAUCUCUGACAAUGUAGUAUUGCAGCGUGCGGCUGAACAGAUUGCGCAGUCAAUGGCAUCUGCAGCCCAGGAAGGUAAUCCAUCUAAGAUUAAUGAUCCCGACCAAGCAAGAAGUCAAAUACAGCACAGGAUUACAGGUUUCCAUGACAGCUGGCACAAAUUACAGAUGUGGUUUUCAGAUGAACAGAACAUUUUGAUCAAAGUAAAUGGCGAAGUGGAAGAAGAUGCCCUGCGUAAGAAAAUCGAAGAAGUAUUUUUGAGUGCUGUAGUCAAAAAGCAAAAUAAAGGUAAAGAGACAGAAAAGAAAGUAGAGGUAGAACCACCACCUCCACCCCCAGUUACACCUCCGCCUCAAGAAACCACCACUGAUCCACGGCCUUUAUCACCUCCAAAGCAGACAUCUGCAAAAAGAGGAAAAGGAGGGUCCAAAUCACCAAAAGGUUCCCAGAAACGUUCUGAUACAUCUAAAGACAAGAAAGAAAAGAAACCAGAUACUCCUCGAGGGAAAGAUGCAGGACAGAAAUCUCCAAAAUCGGGCACUCCACGAGGAAGAUCACCAGGAAAGAAGUCUCAUUCGGCCCCUGCUACUCCAGAACCACCAGAACCCACUCCUGUCGGCCCACCACCCGUUCAGCCAGGAUCUCCAGACUGGGUGUAUGUCGAUGAACCUCUUCCACAGGAAAUCCCAGAGUUCCUAUUACCCUACUGGGAAACUAUAGAAAGUAAUUAUGGAAAUACCAUUAAGGCGGCUCUGAAGAGUAUGAGACAGGAACGGAUGAUUGUGAUUCAUUACUUAUAUGACAUCAGGAACCGAUUUAAGGACUAUAUAAAACGGCCAGACCACAAGCAGGAAUUUGUGUCUCAGUGGCAGUCAGACUUCAGCAGUGUUCCCGAUGACAUGAGGGAGGAUGAAGAAACGAAAGCAGAGCUUCACCAGCGUGUUGAUGACCUGAGAGACCGUCUUUGGGACAUCUGUGACAACAGGAAGGAGGAAGCAGAACAAGAACGCGCUGAUAUCAUGAAUGAAGGGUGGCUUCAAGAUCACUUGGGAAUACUGGCCAACCAUUUUAUUACAGUAAUGCAGGCAGAAGUAGACCGCUUUCAAGAUACAGCGAGGCUUUUACAUGAUUAUUACCAAGGAAUGGAGGGGAGGCAUCCUUCAGAUGUUGGUCAGGACUUCACACGAAUACCGCUGCUUGAUAUCUUCGGCGCAGACCUGGAGGGGGAAAUGGAACAGCCUAAAAGAAUCCCUCUUAUCCCACGAAGACCUCAGACCCCGGAAAAUCUAGGUAAACAGAAGAGUAAAUCGGCUCAGGUGAAAAGCAGAGACGAUCAGACAGCCGAGAACACCAAACCGAUCAAUGAAACCGACGAGAAGCUGAUCGCUGACACCUGGCAAGUGGCCGUUUCUGCCAUUGCCAACAUGGUAGCUCAUCAAAAACAAGCCAGGGAAGCAGAGGAGGAAAAAGAACAAAUGGCUGCGGAAACGAAGGAGAAGGAACGUUUGAAAGCAUCUCAGGGGGCUUCCCGGGGCAGUGCAAGGGGUUCUAAAAAGAAGACCCCCAAAUCACCUAAAGGAAAAAGAGGUAAAUCUCCGGGUGCGUCCGCUCCAACACCUUCUCCCCAGAACCCGGAAGAAAGUGCUAUGCUGCAAAAACAACAGGACCUAAAGUUUAAAAUCCGGCAGGAGUAUUUCUUCGCUCUAGAACUGGAAGAGGCUGCUACGAAGUUUCGACUUGAGCUGAUAAAACGUAAAGCCGUAGAAGUUUGCCAGGAUCUAACGCUGAAAUCUCAGGAUGCUUAUCGAGACAUGGAAAUGUGGUUGGGAGCCAGGUUUCUAGCGGAAAUGUCAAGUAUUGAAAAGCUGAUUCAAGUUGCUCGUCACCACAUUGAAACCAGUCAGAAGAUACAAUACGAGCUGGUUCUGGAGCAGACAGAAUUCUAUAUCAGUUCCGAUGUGAAAGUAAUUCCAGAUCCGCUUCCUCCCCCUCGACCUCCACCAGUGGAAAUGUCAAUCAACGCAACAUUAACCAUUUCCCAGCUCAACAACCUGCAUCAGCAAUUUGUGAAGGUGGCACCCAAAGGUCUAAUAUCAAAGAAAUUAUUCACCGACAUUCUUUUGGAUCUCACGUCAAUGAACAUCGGAAAGGACAUUCUCCCUGACGCAUGGAUGUAUCUAACACUCCCAGAGAUACAAGAGAUAACUUCUGUGUUAUCACUGAACUCAGAUGUAGUUGAUUGGCACAAAUUCCUAUUAGCAGCAUCUCAGCCGUGGCCAUAUCCUUCAGUCGGCCAACUCCUUAAGACGCUGAACGGCUUUAAAGCUAUGGAUGGUAACCAGUGUGGCCUCAUCACUGAAGAAGACUAUGGCCAGGUCGAUCUGUGGUUUACUGGGAAAAAUGACAAAUGUGUUUCUGAGAAUGUGGCGGAACCGUUACCAUUUAAUAGACUGGAACAUCUUAUAAAGUUUUUCUAUCAUAUGUUUGCUGAUCAGAAAAGACAGCUUGACUACACAGAGAUGCUGCUGUAUUUCGCCUCACAUCCGGAUCCCAAAGAAGGGUUUUAUCGAGCAUUGAGUGUUAUGGCGGGAAAACCUAUCCUGAGGACGCCAGAUGAUAACAUCCUUCUUAAGUCUCUCCCAAAUAUGAAUGUCCGACCACAGAGCAGAGGAGACAUUUCUGAAGAUGACGACAGCCUAUUGACUAAGCCAGAAGAUGUAACGAUUACUUUAGAACAAGUACUGCGCGUGUUUCAGCACGUAGCGAGCACAGAUGGAGAAAACCAUAGAUUUUCCUCUCCGCAAGAAGAGACUGAUAAUUAUACCAAGAGCCUUAAACACAUCUUCAGUGAGCUGUGCCCAGAGAAUAUGGAACCUGUCGCUGUUACUGCACUUAUGAAGCAUCCAUUUUUUCAAGACCUUGCUGACAGCUGUAUACAGUAUAACCUCCCAGAUAUCCAUGGAAUCCUCGGCAAGUCAAGGCCAAUUCAAUCAAGCGAAAGGGAAAGUAUGACCUCCAACAAUAGCUGAACAACUUUACACAGACACUUCUGGCUUCUUAUUGGUCUAAUGGGUUUUUUUUAUCCUCAUUUAUUCUUCUGAUUAAAAAUAAAAAUAAAAUAUUUCUUAAUCAAAACAUUUAGCUUCAUCCAUUUAUGUAAACAUAACAUAUUCAUUUUCCAAAUAAUAAAAUAACUGAUGAUUUUUA